GUUGUUCUUAUGCAUAAGGCUUCAGCGUAGGGCGAAGGGGGGGCUCAGCUCCACACUGUGGCACAGUCUGAGAGGAGUAAAAGGUUGCAGACAAAAAGGAUGAAGUCUCUGCAGAAGAAUCAGGGACGCACCGACCAGAUGUUGGGAGCCAUGGCUGAUGUGCUCACUUCCGUGGCAAUCCCCAAUCAGCAGUGGCUCUUUGAGGGGGGCGAGGCGGACCUCCCAUCAAGCGAGGAGGAAAAGGGACCUACGCAUGGCCAGUGGGACCAAGACGGGUCAGAUUGGGAACAACAGGCAACGGCUACACAAAACCCAGAGGGGAGUGAAAAGACAGACUCGUACUCAGCAGCAGGCAGCGAGGGCAGCAUCUCCACCUCUGUGGCGUCGCUGCCGCCUCAGCCGUCAGGCAGCUCAGCCCCCAGCUCACCGAGCUCCAGACGCUCUGUUAGCACCCUGAAGAAGUGGCUUACAAACCCCGUCCGCAAACUCAGCGCUGGAUCAACCGCCAAGGGGGACCGCCAGGUCCGGAAGCUUGACGGAAAACCUCCACCUCCUCCAUCCCAGGACCUUGGCAGCCCUGUGAGGCCUGAUGAAGCAUUCACCAUUCUACCCGUCACGCACAGAGAACGGGAGUGGAAAGAUGGCCUGGCAAGCCCUGAGGACCUGUCACCAGAUUCCCUCCAGCCACCUGGUUUCACGACUGCCUCGUCGGCCGACUUCACGUCACUGCCAAAUACACAGGACACGCGGUCUACCGGCGCUCCGCCCGACGACAGCGAGUCCGUCUUGAUGGACGACACCUCCAGCCAAUGGUCCACUGUGGCUGACACAGAGGAGGAGAGGAGAAGUGCCUUAGAGAAGAGCAUGUAUGUACUGCAGGAGCUUAUAGAGACAGAGAAGUACUAUGUGGAAGACCUGGGGCUCAUAGUGGAGGGCUACAUGGCCACAAUGAGCUCCAAGGGUGUUCCAGAGGAUAUGAAAGGAAAGGACAAGAUUGUUUUUGGAAACAUUCACCAGAUAUAUGACUGGCAUAAAGACUACUUCCUGGGCGAGCUGGAGAAGUGUUUGGUGGAGCCAGAAAGGCUGGCUCAGCUCUUUAUUAAACAUGAGAGACGUCUUCACAUGUAUGUUGUGUACUGUCAGAACAAGCCCAAGUCGGAGCAUAUCGUCUCAGAGUAUAUCGAGACCUACUUUGAGGAGCUUCGUCUGCAGCUGGGACAAAGGCUGCAGCUCAAUGACCUGCUCAUCAAACCUGUCCAGAGGAUCAUGAAGUACCAGCUUCUGCUCAAGGACUUUUUCAAAUAUUACACCAAAGCUGGGAUGAACACCGAAGAGCUGGAGAAAGCAGUGGAAGUGAUGUGCUUGGUGCCAAAACGUUGCGAUGACAUGAUGAAUGUGGGCAGAUUACAAGGUUUCGAGGGGAAGAUCACAGCGCAGGGCAAGCUGCUUCAGCAGGACACCUUCACCGUCACAGAGCAGGACAGUGGCUUUCUGUCUCGAGCCAGGGAGAGACGAGUCUUCCUGUUUGAGCAGCUGGUCAUCUUCAGCGAGCCAAUUGACAGGAAAAAAGGCUUCUCCAUCCCUGGGUACAUCUUUAAAAACAGCAUCAAGGUUAGCUGCCUGGGGGUGGAGCCCAGCGUGGAGGGCGAUGAUGCGCGUUUUGUACUGACCUCGCGAAACCCGGACGGGAGUGUGGUGCGGUACCAACUGCAGGGCUCCUCUGCCGAGAUCUGCAGAGCGUGGGUCAGCGAUGUGGUUCAGAUACUGGAAAGCCAGCGCAACUUCCUUAAUGCCUUACAAUCACCAAUUGAGUAUCAGCGACGAGAGAGUAAGUCCAACAGCCUGGGCCGCACCAUGAGGCCUCCGCUGUCUGCAGCGAGCGCCCUGCGGCCCCACUCGUCUGCCUCCAUCGACCGCCACAAGCUGCCCUCCCUCCACUCUCACAACACAUCUCUGCCAGCGCUCUACCUGCCGAGCCAAGGGCCGAGUGAGACAUUCUCAGUGAGGGGUGCCAUUGUAGUCCAGCCAUGCCCUGCUGACUCCCACACUGCGUCACCAUCACACGUCCGACUGGGUCUCUCUGAUCAGCCAAACUGUCCAGCUGUAUCAAAUGGGCUGUACACCCCGGCCACACAGGGCGCGCAGCAGAGAGCAGGAGAGGGCUUCCGCAGAGGUUCAGCGUCUGAUGUUGUGAACCAGGCUGCGGUGUCAGGCCCCUCGGCCGGGCGACGCCCCAGCAACCUAGCCCAGCUAGCCGAAGACGACCUUUGAACUCUCCUAAGUCAGGAGCACAGCAGCUACUGCUCCAGCUGUGAAGACACCACUUGUGCACUGCGUGUUUAUGCGAGUCUGAGUCCGCACCUGUGGUGUAUGUUUUCUGUGGGACUCUGGAGGAACCUGAAAUAUGGAGGAAUCGUGGGCUGAAAAAAAAAAAAUAUAUAAACUGCUUGGCUCCCUUUUAGAGAGCCACUUAAAAGGGAGGUGAUGUGGCCUUGAUCACCUCCAGCGAACACCAAAAGCACCCAGCGGGAUGCUGCUGGGCUCAGAAUUUUAAAACACUCCGUGAUAUGACAAUUUCUGCUUUCUACCUUCUUGUUUUUGAAGAGUUUGUAUUCCUCUCUUUGAAAGGGAUGGAGCGAAAUCUUGGAUGAUUCCAUUCCUAAUUGGGGCAAUCACUGGAGCUGAGCGUGUGCCUGGAUGUUUGUUUGUGAAAUGAUUCGUGGAAGUGUUGGUGUGCAUGAGAGCGGGCAAGGAGCGGCUCUUCUUGUUCCCUCUGGUAAAUUUCUUUAAGUUUUGUUCUUAUGCCCUGCAAUGAAGACAAACACAGUUAUAUUCAAAUGUUUGUUUGUUAUUCUGGGUUUUUUUUACUCCCCCAUUUGACACCUGAGUUUGCUGUUUAUGUUGACAAGAACGGGAAAGGCAGAACAUUUGAUGUGGGCAUCACAAGGACUUUAUUCGCUCAAAUUUCCUUUAAAAGUGAAGAACUUUCUUUGUUGCCACAGUGUUGAGGGGCACCAUGUGUGCUCUGAUAUUCUGUUUGACCAGCCUUUGAUCUGGACAAGAAGGCAAGAGGGAGCCCCCCAGAGGUUCUCUGUGGGUAUGACGUCACCUCAUAUUUCUUUUUCACUCUUUAGUCAACUCCAGAGGAGCUGAAAAUGCAUCCAAAGAGACUCGCCCAAAGUGCUGCAUGCAACAUCCCCUAUAGGUCACUGAUUGCCACAAUGCCCAAGUCACACGUUUCUUUUGUGAUCCUUGAAAACGGAUCGAUUUCAACUGACAUAAGUGAUAUUAUUGUUGCCAUGUCACGGCCCUGUGGAGUUCUAUAACUUUGGCCUUCAUGGAUCAUAUACUGUACAUACCAUCAGGCAAACAUACAUCCUCACUGAUCUUUGAUGGAGAAAGUAGGGCACAGGUAUGCCGAGAACUCUGACGAAUCCAACUGGUUGUUUGCAUGAUUCUUCCUCCUAAAAAAGUGCCAACAACAGCUGCAGCUCAGCACUCAGAUGUGUCAUGCCCUUACUGGAGGGUUCAGCUUGUCAUUGCUCUCUUAAAAAAACAAAAAAAAAAAAACAAUCAAAGAUAUGACUGUUAGGGUUUCAAAAAGCAGCUUUUCCAUUUGUGGCCACCAGAGGGCGUCAAAAGACUUUUUGGGUUAGAUCAUACAGCUGCACCAAAGAUCAAAAGGCCUCCCAUUUCAGAGCUAAUAUUUUAAAACAAAGAUUCUGGGAAACAUUAUUAAAAAAAGUGAACUAAAGAAACAACCAAAAAAUCAAUUACUUAGUAAAAACUGAAAGGUAGGACAUUUGUUGAUUUCAACUCAAGCGUAUUUUACUGAGUUCUCAUUUAAAUGGCUGAUCAAGCAGUUUUGCAUGAAGCACACACAAAGGAAUACCUCUACAGAGAACCAGAAGUAACGGAUGUAACACAGAAAGAAGGCUGGUUAAUGUCAUAUUUGAGCAACAAGAAAGAGUUGUAUCAUAUAAAAUAAAAAAGUGUCUUUUUGAAACUGAA